UACAGUACUACCUACUCCGUUUCGGACCUAUGGGCCGAAACCGCUGAGGCUACCGAUGGACCUGCGUCUGUGCCACCACUAACUGACUCAGAAGGUCCCACUGGCGAAGAAAGAAUAAAAGGGAAAGGGGGCCGCAGAACGGGAGCGAGAAGAGAGGUCAACUAAGGACGACGAUGGCGCCCACACCGACGCCCUCUAUGCACAGCAUCUCGUCCACGGUGGCGCCGAGCCCUGAUGAGUCGUCGCCCGUCCCGCCAUCGGCUGCCGCAAAGGACGGCGCGAAAGACGAAGAGAUCGGCAGCGCGUCUGCGCCCGCCAACGACACCACACCUCACCACCAUGCCGACAAAGACCCAUGGCUGGUCACAUUUGACGGGCCAGGCGACAAGACCGACCCGCGCAACUGGUCCAUUGCGUACAAGUCCUUUGCCACCUUUCAGCUCGCCAUGCUCGCUUUUGCCGCCAGUCUUGGCUCCAGCAUCGUCUCCCCAGCAGAGAAGGCGAUUGGCGCCUACGUCCACGUCGGCCAGGAGGUCAUGGUCCUCGCCAUCUCGCUCUACGUUCUCGGCUUUGCCCUAGGGCCCCUGCUCUGGGGCCCCAUCAGCGAGGUGUGGGGCCGCCGGUGGUCCUUGCUCCCACCGAUGUUCUGCCUCGGCCUCUUCUCAAUCGGCACCGCGACGAGCACGAAUGCGCAGGCGGUAUUCAUCACUCGUUUCUUUGCAGGCGUCUUCGGAUCGGCACCCGUUGCCAACGUAGGUGCAAGUAUGGGCGACAUGUACAACUCGAAGGCAAGGGGCAUCGCCAUCAGCAUCUAUGCCAUUGCUGUCAGCGCCGGCCCCACCUUAGGCCCUAUUAUCGGCUCGGCCCUGACAGUCAAAGUCAGCUGGCGGUGGACAGAGUACCUGCAAGCCAUCAUCACUUUCGCUGCCCUCGCCCUUGCCUUUUUCUGUUUACCCGAGUUAUACUCGCCUGUGCUGCUCCAGCGCAAGGCCCAGCGCCUGCGUCGUGAGACCGGCGAAACGCGGUGGCACCACCCGCACGAGGACAUCAAGCUCGAUGUCAACUCGAUUGUUACAAAGCAGCUCUCGCGGCCUCUAAUCCUCCUCACAACGGAGCCCAUGGUGACACUCAUCUGCCUAUACGCCUCCUUUGUCUACGGCCUCCUCUACAUGACCCUCGAGGUGUUUCCCAUCGUCUUUUCCGAGAUGCGUCACUGGGGGCCCAUCGUCAGCACACUGCCCUUUGCGUCACUCACCAUCGGCAUCCUCUUUGCCCUGAUCAUCAACAUUGGCAACCAGCCCUUCUACUUUCGUGCCGUCGAGCGCAACAAGGGUCGACCUGUGCCCGAGGCGCGCCUGCCGCCCGUCUUCAUUGGCUCGAUUCUCUUUACGACGGGCCUCUUCUGGUUCGGCUGGACGGCCGACCCCAAAUUCCACUGGCUCAUCCCGUGCUUUGCCAUUGGCUUCAUCGGUGCUGGCUUCACCGUUAUUUUCCAGCAAUGUAUCAAUUUCCUCGUGGACACGUACGGCCUGUACGCGGCGAGCGCCGUCAGUGCCAACACGUUUCUGCGGAGUAUCUUUGGGUGCGGCCUUCCGCUCGCGGCAGGGCCCAUGUUUCACAACAUGGGCGUGGGGCCCGCCAUGAGCGUGCUGGGCGCCGUGGCCGCCGCCGCGAUUCCUGUGCCGCUGAUCUUUAUGAGGUAUGGCCGCACGCUCAGGAAGAUGAGCCGCUUCGCGCCCGUCCACGAAGACGAGGACGAGGAAAAGGAUGCGGCGAACAAGGCAUGAUAGAUAUGCGCCUCUGUUCUUUAGAUUCCCAGCCUCCUUCCUCUCUCUAUUCUUGCAAAAAU